AUGGUGGGUGUCGUGGUGUUACGGUGCCCAUUGUUCACCGUGCAGCUUCUGGCUGCCUUGAAUGAGAGCAGGGGUGGGGAGGAGGAGGAGGAGGCCUCUGUCUUCUGGCGGCUCACUGUGAAGGUCCUGGAGGCUCGGAGUCUGCCUAGGACUGACUUGUUGAGUCACGCGGAUCCGUACGUGACUCUGCUGCUGCCCACAGCCCCUGGAGUGAAAUUCAAGACCCAAACUGUCACCAACUCCAGUCAUCCUGUAUGGAAUGAGACCUUCAGUUUCCUCAUUCAGAGUCAGGUCAAGAAUAUUCUAGAAUUGAGCAUCUAUGACGAGGACUUAAUUAUGAAAGAUGACAUCUGCUUCAAAGUUUCCUAUGAUGUCUCAGAAAUCCUCCCUGGCCAACUGAUCCAGAAAACCUUCCGCCUGAAUCCUCAGGGACCAGAAGAGUUAGAUGUGGAGUUCCUCGUGGAAAAAGCGUUGGACCCUCCAGAAAACCUCAUCACCAACAAUGUUCUUGUGGCCCGAGAACUGUCACGCCUGGAUGUCUGUCUGGACAGAGCUGGGGGCGCCACCAUGGCAGCAGGUCAGGACAAACUGGAGCUGGAGCUGGAGCUGGAGCUGAAAGGGUCAUAUGAGGGCACACAGACAUUUGCCCUGGACACCGCAUCCACUGUCAGCUUCCACUACAUGAGGGGCCAAGACACGGAGCUGACAGGCUGUCUGAGGAGCUCCAGCAGCAACGGCUGGAUGUCACGUAGCUCAGCUACUCCCCUCAUUGUACCCCUGAAGUCCUUGGCCACAGGGAAGGAGGUGACUGUAGACGUUCCUGCUACAAAUGCCCCAGAAGUGAAGCUGCAGCUUAGGACAGACGGCUGCCCCAAGGAGCUGGCUGUGCGGCUGGGCUGUGGGCUCUGCCCUGAGGAGCAGGCCUUCCUAGGCCGGAGGAAGCAGGUGGUGGCCGCCGCCCUGAAGCAGGCCCUGCAAUUGGAUAAAGACUUGAAGGAAGACGAGGUUCCCAUCGUGGGCAUCAUGGCUGAGGGAGGAGGUGUCCGGGCUAUGACUUCACUCUAUGGGCACCUGUUGGCGCUUCAGAAGUUGGGCCUCCUGGACUGUGUGACCUAUUUCAGUGGCAUCUCGGGCUCUACGUGGGCAAUGGCCCACCUUUACCAGGAUCCGGAGUGGUCGCAGAGGGACCUCGAGGGACCCAUCAGCCAUGCCAGGGAGCAUGUGGCUAAGAGCCUGUGGAGUGAAUUCCUCCCCGAACACUUGGCAAGCUACCACCAGGCACUGAAGCUUCGGGCGGAGCAGGGCUACAGCACCACCAUAGCUGACCUGUGGAGCCUGGUGCUGGAGUUCAAGUUGCAUGGGCAGGUGACAGACCAGAAGCUGUCGGGGCAGAGAGCUGCCCUGGAGCGGGGUCAGAACCCACUGCCCCUCUACUUGAGCCUCAACGUCAAAAAGAACAAUCUGGAUACCCUCCACUUCAAGGAAUGGGUGGAGUUCUCUCCCUAUGAAGUUGGGUUCCUGAAAUAUGGCGGCUUUGUCCCCCCUGAGCUCUUUGGCUCUGAGUUCUUCAUGGGGAGACUGAUGAAGAGGCUCCCCGAGUCCCAGAUCUGCUUUCUGGAAGGUAUCUGGAGCAACAUCUUCUCUGUGAACUUGAUGGAUAUCUGGUACGAUGUCACCUCUGGGAAAGAUUGGAAGAAUGUCAUUGUGGAUGUCCGGCACUCAGAGGAGCCCUCAGCCUCAGCAGGAACCUCCUCCUGUGUGGAGACCUCGUGGCUGCAGCCUGGAACUGCCCUGGCCCAGGCAUUUAAGGGCUUUCUAAACGGCCGGCCAUUCUAUCAGCGCAGUGCCAACUUCCUCCAUGGCCUCCAGCUGCACCGGGGCUACCGUAACCAGAAAAACUUCUCCACCUGGGCAGAUUGCCACCUAGAUAACACCCCCAAUCAGCUGACCCCGCAGGACACUCAGCUCUGCCUAGUGGAUGCUGGCUACUUCAUCAACAACAGCUGUCCCUCCAUGAUCCGCUCAGGUCGCCAAGUGGACCUCAUACUCUCCUUCGGCUACUCCCAAUUCUCGCCCUUUGAGGGGCUGCUGCAAUCUGAGAAAUACUGUAGAGCUCAGGGCCUGCCCUUCCCCCAUGUGGAGCCCAGCCCCGAGGACCAAUGCCAGCCCCAAGAAUGCCACCUCUUCUUAGAUCCCACCUGCCCUGAGGCACCGGUUCUGCUGCACUUCCCGCUGGUCAAUGACUCCUUCAAGGACCACUCAGCCCCUGGCGUGCGGCGCAGCCCUGCUGAGCUCGAGGCCGGGCAGGUGGAUCUCACAGGGGAAGCCUCCCCGUACUUCAUGUACAACAUGGCCUACAAGGAGGAAGAUUUCGACCGCCUGCUUCAGCUCACUGACUACAACAUGCGGAACAACCAGGGCACUGUCCUGCAGGCCCUGAAGACCGUUUUGAAACGUAGGGCCCCGGAGGCGAAGCCCUUGGAGAUGCAGACCUGAGGCUUCUCGGGGGCCUCUAAGGCUCUGAGGGCCACACUCGGACCCCCCACUUUCCAAGGACUUAACUCAGGCUGCAGCUGGGCUUAGCCACAGUGCCCCUCCCAGUUCUCCAAAUCCUGGCUUCCUCGGCAAGCUAGCCUCACCGUCAGAGAGGCUGUACCCCACCCUCCGGUCUCCUCUGUGUCCCAGCUGCUUUGAGGGGAGUUGAAAGCCUCUCCUGGCCAGUACAUAUAACGACUGACUACACCAGCCAAGCUUUCACAAGCAAUUACUUUCUUUCUGAGCAGAAUGGACUUGGGGUGGCUUAAGGCACCUGGAUGCACCUGUACCUUCUCCUCCCUGGCAAUAUGCAAGGCUUUUAUUUCCUUUUUAAAGACAGGGGUUUAAAAAAACCUCCCUACUUCAUGACCUCACCAGGUCUUAGUACACAAGUCUUAGGGUUAAAUCCUCAGUAUUCUAUUCUUUUUGAUGAUAUUACAAACGGAAGUAUUUUCUCAGUGUCGUUUUCAUACCGUUCCUUGCUUAUGGAAAUGUAGUUAGUUUUGUAGUUUGGACUUGCAUGAUACAAUCAUUAAGCUCUCUGGCUUAAACACUUUCCGUAGGUUCUUCAGGGCAUUCAAUUACGGACUUGCCACCUGCAAAUGGAGAGGGUCUGACUUCGCGCUUCCUGAUUUAAAUGCCUUUUCUUUCUUUCUCUGACCUGAUGCUGUGACUGGAACCUCUGACUGGAGGUCAAUGGGCAUGGUGAGAGCAGCCGUCCUCGUUUGGAUGCCUGGUGUGGAAGGAAAACCUUGAGGUCUCUGCUGCUCAGUCUUCUUAAGUGGUCUGAGUCUGUCAGACUGAAAAUGCUCCAUUCUUUUCCGAGUUUGUUGAGUGUUUUUGUUUUUAACCAUAAGAAAGUACUAAAUUUUGUCAUGUAAUUUUGGUAUCUCUUGGGACACUCAUGUGGGUUUGUUCUUUAAUUCUAUAGUUGUUUAUUUGUUUGUUUUGCUUUGGGUUAUUAUUUGUCUGUUUGUUUGUUUGAGACAGGGUCUCACUCUCAUGCCUGACUUGCCCAUACUUCACCAUACAGACCAAAUGGCUUCAGACUCACAGAGGUCUGUUGUGGAAUAAUUUUCUUAUACACUGUAAAGAU